GAAUUUGGUCUCAUCCGGGUCGAUGUAGCUCCCGUCAAGGCAAGAGAAAAGAAAAAAUAAUCUAGAAAAAAAGCGCCGUGCAAUUUGGAUUUGGGACCCUUCCAACCAGUUAAACAAAAGGAGGAAAAACGCUUCAGUGUUGUGUGACAUCCAGUUGCUUGAAGCAGAAAGGAGAGAAGGAUUGAAGAGAAAACCAAGUGGUGUUGCAAACCCAGACAAGGCAGCAGCAUGCAGGCUUGAGUGCUGAGAAAGCCUCACUUUCCCUCCUCCCCCUUCACCGCAUUUUGAUCGAGAGAGUCAAGUAGUCCAUAAAGUCAGGGAACCACGUCCCAGCUAAGAAGCAGCCAUGCAUGCCUGCUGAGUGCAUCUACCCUUUGGCACUGGUGCCAUGGCCAGCCUGAAGUGCCCACCCAUGGAGCGCUCUGUCGGGGGGUCCAUCCCAGCCACCGACGAGUUCUACACCCGCCACCUCCGCAUGGCCAAUGGAGGAGUUGUGCCAACACGCGUAGAUAAUAUCCACCCCACUGGGGGUACAGGGGUGCCUAAAAUGGGGGUACGGGCACGGGUGGCUGACUGGCCUCCAAGGAAGGAGGUUGGCACGACUCUGUGGCACCAAACUAAGGAAUCUGAGAGCCCUGCUGUGCCUACAAGUGGACAGAGCCAUGUAAAAUUAGGCCAUCUACUUAGCCCUCAGGACUCCUCCAUGCUGCGGAACAUCCAUAACACUUUGAAGAACAGAACCCAGAUACAAGCCAACAACUACAGCCCAGACAACAGAUAUCUGGCCCCUGGGGAAUGCCGACUACCUGCACACAGGAACCCCCGCCAGCGACGUAUACGUCAGCGCAGCAACAGCGACAUGACCAUCAGUGAGAUGGAGGGCAGCGGGGACAGCGGUGAGGACUGGGGUCCUUCACUAGGGACCAAGUUGUCCCCUCUCCACCGUGAGUAUGGUAGCACCUCCUCCAUUGACCAGCAUGGUGCAUCAGGGGAGAGCUUCUUUGAAAUGCUGAAGGGCUACCAUGGUGAGAAGGCUGACCAGCGUAGCCCUGCUCCAGAGAGACUGGAGGACCUGCUGAAUGUUGCGAGCAAGCAAGCCAUCAUGGACCUUCAGGAAGAUGUUACCGAUAGCCAGCCUCCUAAAGCCAAGGACCGGGAUAAACCCCCCAAGAGACGCUCCAAAUCUGAGACAGGGGGUGAAUCAAUAUUUCGGAAACUUCGAAAUGUUCGAGGGGAGUCGGACUCACCCAGGGCGGGGUCUGACGCAGAGGAUGGCAGAUCCGAGGAGGUCGGCCCCCCUCUAAAGCCAUGGGUGUGUCAGAAAGGAUUUGCCCAUUAUGAUGUGCAGAGCAUGCUAUUUGACCUCAAUGAGGUCAUCCAGCUGCGGCAGACGGCCAGUAAGAGGAAGAACACCACCACAGGGGCAUCUGCUGCUGCCGCAGCCUCAGCCACCUCCACCCUCUCCUCCACCCACAGCCUGCCCUACAGUUCCCCUGGAGGCAGCCAAGAGGAGCUCUGUGCCCGGGACAGCCCCGGCCUGGACUCAGGGGAUGAGCAGAGCAAUGAGAUGUUGCUAAGCUGCCCCUGCUUCCGUAAUGAAAUUGGUGCUGAUGGCACUGGCAGAAGAAGGGUGGGAGCAGGUGGAACAGGGCUCCAUGGGCUGGUGGUUGUUGGCGCUGGAAGCAGUAGUUCAGGGAGUCUGGGUGGGGAAGGACACUUGUAUGAAACCACUGUCAGCCCCCACUGUACCAACGCAGGGGUAGCAGUGCUUGAGGGGCCCAAGGAAGGCCCCAGCACUCACAGUGAAAAAAGCAAACAUUACAUUGUCGAGCAUGUGGACCUGGGAGCCUACUACUAUAGGAAGUUCUUCUACCUGAGAGAGCACUGGAACUACUUUGGGCUUGACGAGGCUCUUGGUCCAGUGGCAGUGAGCUUGCGCAGGGAGAAGCUGGAGGAGGAAAAGGAUCACGGACAGCAGUACAACUACCGCCUCAUCUUCAGAACCAGCGAGCUGACCACUCUCCGAGGUUCUGUUCUGGAGGACGCGGUGCCCUCCACCUCUAAGCACGGCACGACCCGAGGGCUGCCCAUUAAAGAGGUACUGGAGUAUCUGCUACCUGAGCUGGACGUGUCCUGCCUAAGACUGGCCCUCAACACACCGAAGGUCACCGAGCAGCUCAUGAAACUGGACGAACAAGGGCUGAGUUUCCAGGUGAAGGUGGGGGUGAUGUACUGUCGAGCUGGCCAGAGCUCCGAGGAAGAGAUGUACAACAACGAGACAGCCGGCCCUGCCUUAGAAGAGUUUCUCCAGUUGCUGGGGGAGAAGGUCCGCCUCAAGGGCUUCACCAAGUACCGCGCCCAGCUGGACACUAAAACGGAUUCCACGGGCACCCACUCCCUGUACACGGCCUACAAGGACUAUGAGAUCAUGUUCCAUGUGUCGACGCUGCUGCCUUACACCCCAAACAACAGACAACAGUUGCUGAGGAAGCGACACAUAGGGAACGACAUAGUGACCAUCGUGUUCCAGGAGCCCGGGGCUCACCCCUUCACCCCGAAGGCCAUUCGCUCCCACUUCCAACACGUCUUCAUCAUUGUCCGUGUGCACAACCCCUGUUCUGACAACACAUGCUACAGUGUGGCUGUUACCCGUUCCCAGGACGUGCCUUCCUUCGGCCCUCCAAUCCCCAAAGGCGUGACCUUCCCAAAGUCCACUGUAUUCAGGGACUUCCUGUUGGCCAAGGUCAUCAACGCUGAGAACGCGGCCCACAAGUCAGACAAAUUUGGCGCCAUGGCAACACGCACACGGCAGGAGUACCUGCGGGACCUGGCAGAGCGCCAUGUGACCAGCACACCAGUAGAGCCUACUGGGAAGUUCCCUUUCAUCUCUCUGGCCCACAAACGGCGGGAGAAGGUGCGUCCAUACAGUGGGGCGGAGCUUCGCAGCCUGGGGGCGGUGACCUGGCAGGUCCACGCCGAAGACCAGGUGGCUGGUGCCGAACGCGAGUGCCUAUUGGCCGUCUCCAAUGACUUCAUCAUCCUUUUAGACCAGGAGGCCAAGGUGGUGGUGUUCAACUGUGCUACGCGUGACGUGAUCGGUUGGUCGUCAGGGAGCCCCGCCUCCAUGAAGAUCUACUAUGAGCGUGGGGAGAGCGUGUCACUGCGCUCCAUCAACAACAACACAGAGGACUUUGGGGAGGUGGUCAAAAGGCUGGAGCUUCUAACCAAAGGCAGUCAGACCACGGAGAUGACCCUGCGCCGUAAUGCCCUGGGCCAGCUGGGCUUCCACGUCAACUUUGAGGGCAUCGUGGCAGAGGUGGAGCCGUACGGCUACGCCUGGCAGGCCGGGCUGAGGCAGGGCAGCCGACUGGUGGAGAUCUGCAAGGUGGCCGUGGCCUCGCUGUCCCACGAACAGAUGAUCGACCUGCUCAGAACCUCCGUCACCGUCAAGGUGGUCAUCAUCCCCCCACAUGAGGACUCAACACCACGCAGAGGCUGCUCAGAAAUCUACCACAUGCCUUUAGUGGACUACAAGAACCACAAGGAGGGCAUGCCCUACGAGUUCAAGUUCCCCUUCCGCACCAGCAACAACAACGCCAAGUGGCCGCGUACCUCCUCCAGCCCGCAAGCACGUCCCGGUGGAAUGGGAGGCACAUUGAUCAAGGCCCCGCCUUCAGAUCUCACCGAGCGCGCCUCCUCCAUCAUUCCCCGGAGCCUGUCCAGUGAUGGACGACCCCUCAACCCCAAAAGGUAUUCCCCGGGUAAUGACAACUAUGCCCUCGCCUGUUCCAUUGUGAUGGGCCGAUCGCUACACAACGCCAACUCCCCGGCCAGUUUGCCCUACACAGAAAGCGGCACCAUGGGCUCUAACCACUGGAGGCAGAAAUCCAUGCCUGAUGGGUUUAAUAACAACUGCCACUCUCCAGUGUCAUCUGAGCGCCAGGCAGCGGGUGAGGGGGUCAACGGAAUCAAACCUACUGUUCCCAUGGGUACCAGUCCCGCAUGGUCCAGAAGUGGAGAUGGUGAAUCGGGUAGUCGGUCGGGGGAUAAAAACAGUACAGACCCUGUGGUAUCCAAGACAAUGAUGCCCCGACUCCAGCAGCAGGAACAGAGUGGCCACCUGUCUCCGAUCAAGAACUCUAAGGUGGAAGCGCCAUACUCCUCUAGCCAGUCAAGCAGCAACACCCUCUCCAGCAAUGCCUCCAGCUCCGCCCACAGCGACGAGAAGUGGUAUGAGGUUGGCUCACGGUCAGGAGCACGGAGUGACUUGGAGCUCAAUGGCUACCUUCAGGGGACGUCCACCGACAGUGGCAUCGACGCCACCUCCCUCACUGCCACCCAGAGCAGCACAGCCUCCUCCACCGGUGCCUUCAGGGCCAAAGAUAAGACCCCACCCUGGCAGGAUGACCCGUCAGGCAGCUGCAGGGCUGCCAGCACCUCACCACCCACACCGGACUCGCUGGUCACCCUUGAAGGCAGUGACAUCCCGUCUAAGAGCACCCCGGUCUUUCCCCUGGGAGCUGACAGUGGCUCCUACACCCUCAGCGAUGCUGCCUCCCACUCCAGCACCUUGAGCUCCGGCCACUCGGGCAGCCCCGUAGGCCAGGGCUGCAGUCCCAGUUCUCCGCAAGAGGAGCCUGCCGCAGCGGCCACCUCCCCCACCUCCCAAAGCCCCCUCUCCCCCGGGCCCAAGAGCUUUUACCCCCGUCAGGGAGCCACCUCCAAGUACCUGAUUGGCUGGAGGAAACCCGGGGGAACCGUCAAUUCUGUCGACUUUGGCCGCACUCGCAAACGUCACCAGAGUGAUGGCCUCCUUGGCGGUCAGCCCCAACUCCGGGCCAAUCUGCGGGGGGCCCAGUCCCCCCAGCGCCAAGCUGCCAAGUCCAGCCUGGAAGAGGACCUGAAGAAACUCAUCACUCUGGACAGCCCUCCACCUACUGCGCAAGAGGAGAAGUUGUUCCCAGCCCCGCCCCCCAGUCGUCGCUCUCUCCAGAGGACCCUAUCGGAUGAGAGUAUCUACAGCGGGCAGAGGGAGCCCUCCUUCUGCGGCGUGCAGCGCGACGCGCCGGGCGACCUGCUCUUCAGCUGCUCCACCAUACCUCGCUCGCCCACCGCUCGCCACGCGCCGAGCCGACGACCCUCCCACAAGUCCCUGGGAGAUCUGUCUGCCCCAGAAAACUCUGUGCUGGAUCAGGAGAGGAGGAGGCAGCAGCUGCAGGACCCGGUCCUCAUGCCCUUACCUGACACUGGAAGUGAUGGACCACUGGACUGGGCCCACUUAGUGGAUGCUGCCAAGGCCUUCGAAGAACAGAGACUGGUCCUGCUAGCGGCUCAGGAGGAGAGCUCCAGGAGCGAUGCCACCGCCGCCACAAUCCCCCAGCAGGCUGAACCACAGGCAGCUCCCCCGAAACACCCCUCACCUGAUGAAAGUCCCGCCUGUCUGAUGGGGAAGGUGAGCCAGUUGGAGUCCAUGGUCAAACUGCUACAGGAUGACCUGAAGAAGGAAAAAGACGCCAAGGUGUCCCUGCAGGCCCAGAUACAGAGCCUGCGAGAGGACAACCAGCGUCUCCAGGAGGAGUCCUACAGCGCCUCCGCCAAGCUCAAGAAGUUCACCGAGUGGGUUUUCAACACAAUCGACAUGAACUGACCCACACGCGCCCCGUGCACACACAAUGCCGCUUGCCUCCGACACAAACCUCCGGUGCACCACCCACUAAACUAUGGGGGACCUGAACACACACUCCGCGAGUUGAUGAGGAACUCUUCAGUCAUUUCAGUAAUUUACACAGACCCCAAACAUGGUCCGUGACCUCCCAACACAGACCAUGUUAUCACAGACCUUCAGACAUUAAAAAAAAACUAGAACUCUUACUGAACUGUACCACUUUGGGUCUUACAAACCGCUGCCAACAUGGACUGAACUCGCCAUCAUUCAUGAGCUUUGUGCAUCUUUGGUACAGUCCUCACUUCACGGAGCAAUUUAAGGCGCAUUAUUGCCGGAAAGGAGAAAACGGAGAUUGGGGUGGAGGUGUGGCUCAUUUGAUCGGCAUGCAGUCCCUUCCCUAGGAUUUGCUGGAUGAAAUGGUCCUGUGUGUCCUGUCUAGUGGAUUGUGGGUAUCCCUGCAUGUCAGAGAGCAAGAGACAGAGAGAGAGAGAUGUUGAAACUUAACCCUAGAGUUGCUUAAAGCGAUGGUCCCAUUUGAUUUCCAGGACUCCGUUCCUUAUCAAACUUGGCUCUACGUGAGACAGACAGAUUUUCAGUCAUAAAUCUCCGGCUCAAUUCAAAAUGCCUCCAGUGUUACUAAACACAAUUUCAAAUUGCUCUGACUAAUGCUUUCUAAGAAUUAGUUCAUGCUGUGUUUUGGGUUUACUGGCAUCUAGGUGUGGUUUCUUUUUUAUUUUUUUGCCAGUUUUAUUUGAGAACAGUUUUUUUUUUUAACAAAAACAAGAAAUAAUGUGAGUAGAGAUAAUGAAAUACAUUGUCCCCCCCCCCCUUUGCAAGACGCUGUGAUUCUUAUACAGUGGUGUGGACAGGUUGGCACACAGCUUCCUGCUCUCUGGGACUGACAGGUUGAUAUUGUUAACACACUAAAGUCAGGUGCAAGUGUGUCUGUACGUGUUGCUUCUGUGAAAGAUCGACUAUUUCUACCAAAUGUAUGAUUUCUAGACAGCCACUGCAAUUAAAACCCCUCCAAGGACUGCCGGUCACAAGUUUAUUAAAAACAUACCAAAUAAUACAGAUGCCAUGAAGACAAUAAGCUUUACUGUUCAGUGUCAGUUCUGCAGAUUUGUCUAGCAAAUUCAUAAUUAGACAUUAUUUAUCAAUCUUACCCCUGAUGAUCUCUGUAAAGAAUGUUUUGAACAUAAAUGUGGCCCCGGAUAAGCAUAUAUGUAGCUGUAUGCAGUCAAAUAUCUGCAUGUACUCCUACCCAGCCUCUUGUAUGAGAGCGGUGAGACCGUUUAGAUCAUUUAAUCAGGAAAAAUAGGUUGUACUGGAAAAGGUUAGAUAUUAAUAGGAAGAUGAACUUGACUUCUCAUAACGUGUCCUAGUGUAUUAGAGAGUACCCAUGGCCCCAUGCCUGUUUCAGUGGAAUGAUUAAGAGUGCCACCUAGGGUUGAAAACAUGUCAAAUGCUCCCAAGGACCCGAUCGCCUCCCGAUAUCUCACACAGCAUGCUAACAAGGCCUCACCUGAAAAGUCUCAUCCUUGAUACUCUCUAUAGGUUUAAUCGGUACUGUGCGAAGUGUGACGGCAUCUCAAGAUGUCACAUGAAUCCUGAAAUUCCAGCUACAGACGUGUCUGUAGCGAUUUUGCUUGUAAGCCCAUCCUCAAUUUGAUAUGUAGACAAGCAAGCUGACGUAUUACGAGACUAAGUUCCUGUUGUAACCUCUGUACUGUUAAUGUUUAUAUCCUUUUAUUGUACAACCUGUAUAUAAGGGAGGAAUUUGACAUUCAUCUGAAUUUGCACCUUUUGGUUUUGUUUUUAUUUUCUUCCGAAAUUAUUUUUAUGCAUUUUUUUUUUUGCUUUGUUAAAAAACGGUAUCUGUGAGGGAAGUAGAGAAGAUGAGUGAGGCAGGAAAGGGGGAGAUAAAAAAAAGAGACCAUGCAUCAGACUUAACUGCAAGAUGAAAUGAGCAAAUGGCUCUAAGAAGCCUUCUGACAAACAGUGCCCCCUGCACCUUCCUUCUUGACAUGUGUGACAGCAUGACAUUCUGUUUUCUUUGAGCUGUGAUGUGUAAAAAAAAAUGUUUAUAUCUAUUAAAGAUAUUUUAUUG